AUGUCCAUGCUGCCCACCUUCGGCUUCACGCAGGAGCAAGUGGCUUGCGUGUGCGAGGUGCUGCAACAGGGCGGCAACAUCGAGCGGCUGGGCCGCUUCUUGUGGUCUCUGCCCGCCUGCGAGCACCUCCACAAGAAUGAAAGUGUGCUCAAGGCCAAGGCCGUGGUGGCUUUCCACCGCGGCAACUUCCGCGAGCUCUACAAGAUCCUGGAGAGCCACCAGUUCUCGCCGCACAACCACGCCAAGCUGCAGCAACUGUGGCUCAAGGCGCACUACAUCGAGGCGGAGAAGCUGCGCGGCCGGCCCCUGGGCGCCGUGGGCAAGUACCGCGUGCGCCGCAAGUUUCCUCUGCCGCGCUCCAUCUGGGACGGCGAGGAGACUAGCUACUGCUUCAAGGAAAAGAGUCGCAGCGUGCUGCGCGAGUGGUAUGCGCACAAUCCCUACCCCUCACCCCGUGAGAAGCGAGAGCUGGCGGAGGCCACGGGCCUCACCACCACCCAGGUCAGCAACUGGUUCAAGAACCGGCGGCAGCGCGACCGGGCAGCAGAAGCCAAGGAAAGGGAGAACAGCGAGAACUCCAACUCGAACAGCCACAACCCGCUGGCGGCAUCUCUGAAUGGCAGCGGCAAGUCGGUGUUAGGCAGCUCCGAGGACGAGAAGACGCCGUCGGGGACGCCAGACCACUCUUCGUCCAGCCCCGCGCUGCUGCUUAGCCCGCCGCCGCCACCUGGGCUGCCGUCCCUGCACAGCCUGGGCCACCCGCCGGGCCCCAGCGCCGUGCCGGUGCCCGUGCCGGGCGCAGGAAGCGCGGACCCGCUGCAGCACCACCACGGCCUGCAGGACUCUAUCCUCAACCCCAUGUCGGCCAACCUCGUGGACCUGGGCUCCUAG